AUGUUUGGCUAGCAAUUUGCAUCGUUUGUAAUCAUUUAAAAGUGCACCAUGUCUGGUUUGGAAUCGUAUAUUAACCACACAGUGUCAAUAAUUACAGCCGAUGGACGAAAUUUUAUUGGCACCCUUAAGGGCUUUGACCAGACCACUAAUAUUAUCAUAGAUGAAUGCCACGAGCGCGUCUUCAGCACAACGGCAGGCAUUGAACAAAUUGUGCUAGGUUUACAUAUCAUACGCGGUGACAACAUAGCUGUAAUUGGAUUAAUAGACGAGGCCAUAGAUUCACGUUUGGAUCUGCAGAAUAUACGCGGUGAGCCGCUGGGUCCGGUCGUGCACUGAUAUGUUUAAAAAUAAAAUGCGUAUGCAUAAGUACAUAUAAAAA